AUGGCGGAAAUACAGGGGAUGGAGAAUUCCGGUACUCUUCCGACGACUUCUUCUCCGGCGCCGGCGGUAUCCAAUCAACGAUGGAAGGAACUCGGCCAGCGACGAGCGUGGAAGGAAAUAUUCGACUAUAGUUCUAUCAAUUUUCCUCGUAACCCCAAUGAUGCAAUCCAAAGGAUAAAAACGAAUAUCAGCUAUUUCCGUAAGAACUACAUCGAUAUAAUGUUUCUAAUCAUCGUUCUGAGUCUUAUAUCGAAUCCAAUUUCUCUCGCCGUGCUUUCGGUCUUGAUUACGGGUUGGGAUAUCCUCUAUUUCAGCCGAGACGAACCGCUGGUAGUUUUGAAUCGAAGAAUUGAGGAUUGGUGUGUACUUUUGUUUCUUGGAAGCCUAACUAUUCUGAUGUUAUUUCUAAGUGAUGCGACUGAGAAUGUAUUGAUUUCUCUACCGAUUGGAUUGGUGUUGGUUUUGAUUCAUGGGUCUGUAAGGAAUACUGAUAAUUUGUGUGUGGAUCAAGAGAAGGAUGCUGGAUCUGCUCCUUUAAUGACUAGAAUGAUGCCGCCUGAUUCGGCUGUUUAA